GCAUGCAGUUGUUGGGUUCUGUAAUCAGCUGAAAAAUAAAAUUUAUUAAAUGUUCCAAAACUGGACGAUACAAUUUUAGACGAUACCUCCAAAAUAGAGCAAAGUCCAAAGAAGAGAAAGCACACAGGCGAAGUGUGCGAAGAACAACACAAGAGACAAAAGACACUUGAUGUCAAUGAGACAAAAGAAAUGUCAACAAAGAUGAGAGAAAUGUCUGAUGAAAAGCAAGGUUCAACAGCCAGAGCAAAUUUUAAAAAACUUUCCUAUACCUGGAAGCAGUCAGAAGAUGAACUUAUUAUGGUAUUUGAUGAAGAAGGUUUAACACCAAAUCAGAAAGAUUUGGAUAUAUCUUUUGGUGAUCAGUAUGUCCUCAUAAAGUUUCCAGAUGGAAAGAAGACAUGGUCUUUAAUAUUUGCUGGAAAUAUUGAUAAAGAAAAUACUAAAGUACAAUGGAAGAAGAAAAAAUUACAUAUAAUGAUGAAGAAAAAAUGUCCUCAGAUUUGGUCAUCAUUAGAGAGAGUUCUGAAAAAGCUUCAAUCAGAACCCUGUUCUGAAGAUAUAUCAGAGGCCAAAAAGACUGAUCAAAGUUCUGUGUCUUCUACUGAAGUUAUGACCUCUGGUCAGGCGUCAGAUGACACACCUUCCCCAGACCAAAUGAGUACCAGCGAGGCUACUGGAGAAGAUUCAGGACAGGGAGAUACUCAAACAUCAGAUGAAUAUUGUGUUGAUAAGGACAAAGAAGAAGAGCCAGUUUACCAACUGGAGCAUGUCAAAAACAGCUUUAUAGAAAAGGAUGACACCAUGACAGUACAGAUCUAUGUUAAGGAAGUAAAAAAAGAUACAGUAGAAGUCAAUAUGACAGACCAAUCAUUCUCUGUCAAAUUCUCAACAAUGAAUGCUCAGUUUUUGAACCUUCACAAAGAAUCAACCAGUGAUACAAUAUUUAGUUGGGAAGUAAAACUCAAACAUGAAAUUGUACCAGAGAAAUGCCGAUACAAAUUAAGUCAAUCAGUACUUGAGAUAACACUUUCGAAGGAAAUCAGUAGAAGAUGGGGAGCUUUAGAGGCACCACAAAGGAAAGAGACUACCCCAGCACCUAAAUCUGACGAAUGGUUACCCACCACAUCAUCUUCCUCAUCCUCAGAAAACAAAUCCAGUUCCGCCAAACCUAAAACAGUACAGUUUGAUGAGCUGGAGGAUCCCGUUAUCACCAAGAAACAAGAAAGAGAUGAAGACAACAGGGCCAUGGCAGACUCUAUGAAAGGGGCUACUGGCACUUCAACAUCAACUCAAAAACCUACAUGUAAAGUAUCACCACUGAAUAAAAACAUGGACUUAGAACAGAAUGUUAGAUCAGGAUUUACUGGACUAGAUAACUUGGGGAAUACUUGCUUUAUGAAUAGUGUCCUGCAGUGUUUGUCUAAUACCAGAGAGUUCAGGGACUAUUUUCUCAGUAGUAAAUACCAGGAUGAUAUUAAUGCAGAUAAUCCAUUAGGAUUUGGUGGGAAGUUAGCUGUCUCAUUUGCCACACUUCUCAAGGUUUUAUGGGCUGGAACUCAUUAUUCCUAUGCACCAUCAAAACUAAAGUAUCUUAUAUCCAUGAAAGCCAGCCAGUUCACAGGAUUUGCUCAACAUGACGCUCAGGAAUUCAUGGCUUUUUUGUUAGAUGGACUUCAUGAGGACUUAAAUCGAGUGAAGAAAAAGCCUUAUACAGGAACAGUGGACUCAGAUGGACGACCUGACAAUGUUGUUGCAGAUGAAGCUUGGGAAGUGUACAAGAAAAGGAACAACUCGUUUAUUGUUGACCUGUUUCAGGGACAGUACAAAUCUAAACUUGUUUGUCCUGUUUGUGGCAAAGUGUCCAUAACAUUUGAUCCAUUCCUGUAUUUACAAGUACCAUUACCAAAGAAAAAAAGAUUAAUACCUGUCAUAUUUAUGUGGAAAGAUCCUUACAAAAAACCAAUACAGUUAAUACUACGUCUGCCUAAAGAAAGUACAACUCAGAUGUUAAAAGAUGCAGUAUAUAAAAAGACUGGAGUUAGUCCAAGAAAUAUGCGAGUGUUUGAAUCAUACAAGAGUAAAUUUUACAAGUUUUUCCAGAAUGGUGAUGAUUUAAGUUCUAUCCAGGCCAAUGAUACCAUCAUUGUGAGUGAAGUUUUAUCACCUGAAGUAGCUGGAGAAAAUGUAUAUGAAGUUUACAUUUUACAGAGAACAGUCCUUCCAAGUCAGCUACCAAACAGAUGUGCUUCUUGUAGAAGUUUAUGUCCUGAAGGCAGUAAACUAAAACGAUGCAUGAAAUGUUAUAAAGCAGGAUAUUGUGAUCAACAGUGUCAGAAAACCCACUGGCCAUUACAUAAGAUGCACUGUAAACAAUCUCCUGAACCGGUGGGUCUUCCUUUUGUUAUCAGCAUCUCAGAAUCAAGAGCUACAUUCUCCAGGAUCUGUCAACUCAUGGAAGCAUAUGCAAGGUAUUCUGUUGAGAUCUUCCAACCACCUGUGAAAACUGACAGUCGAAUGUCUUGUCAACCUUCACCUUCAAAUUUAAGUAACAGUAGCCAAUCUAGUGGCAGUAUGAGUAGUUUAGACAGCCAAUCUUCUUGCAGCAGCUCAUGUACUAUAACAGCAGACCAGGAACAUGUUGGUGAAGGUGAGGCAGACAUUGGUGAGAUAAGCAGCUCUGGAUCAAGUCUUGUAGCUAAUGUUGGUAGUGGACUUGAUGUAACAGAUACAGGAAGUGCUAACAGAAGUGCCACACAUAUUCCAUCCUGUAUUGUAAACUCAGAUUUACAGCUUAGUGAUGAUGCUGAUGAUGAAUCAGAGGAAAGGAAUCUCCCAGAAUACACCUUUUUUAAACUUCCUGUUGAUGACAAUGCACAGGAUAAUGUUAUUAGUCUUGACCCACCAGUAGAGACAGACAAGCCUAAGGCCAUUCCAACAAAACCUGUUUUAGGUAUACAGUCUAUGGAAGCUGAACGACAGUCGCAGUUGUUCUAUGUUAAACCUGUCAAUCAAGAAGGAGUGAGUCUGAAAGGACCAGAUGGAGAAAGAAUAGAAGAUAAAGGGGAUGUUCCAAUUGAUCUGACAUAUCGAAAAUAUUUGUCUAUGGACUGGAAGAAUAAUGACAAAUUAGAUUCUUAUGUGUUGGUCCAGACUAAAGAGAUUGAUUAUGAAGAGGACUCAUCAUUUAAUAGAUCCAUUGAUGAUGAAAACAAUAGUAUUACAUUAGAGCAAUGUCUGGACUUGUUCACAGAACCAGAAAUUUUGAACCCAGAUGAAGCUUGGUACUGUCCAAAAUGUAAACAACACAGAGAAGCUACAAAACAAAUGUCUAUAUGGCGACUUCCUCAUACUGUCAUAAUACAGCUGAAAAGAUUUUCCUUCAGAAAUUUUAUAUGGAGAGAUAAAAUUGACAAAAUGGUGGAAUUUCCGACAAGAGGUUUAAAUUUGGCACCAUAUCUGAUUGGGAAGGGUCACGAGAUUGGUCCACCACCAUUAUAUGACUUAUAUGCUGUAGUGAAUCAUUAUGGUGGCAUACUGGGUGGACACUAUACAUCAUUUGUACGGUGUUCUGAUACCAUAGACCCAAAGAAAAAUGAAAUUGAUUGGAGACUUUGUGAUGACAGCAGAGUGUCUUCAAUAGGCCAUGAAAAGAAUGCUGUCUCACGUGGUGCCUAUCUUUUGUUCUACCGCUGUCGUACACCGUUUAGUCCCCCACCACAAAUAGACUUGUUUGAUGAUGAGGAUGAAAAAGUUCCCAGUAAGGAAGGUUCCACAUCAAUUGACUCAAGCUCAGAACCUCAAGAAGACUCAACAAAAGAUAGUGACUCUUUGUUAUAUAUGGGUGAAGAUUUUCCUGACAUGGGAGACAACUCUGAAAAAUUGACUGAUGACUUUGGUGAAAUGUCUCAGGCUGGGGUAAAAACUUUUAUAAAGACAGACUCAGGACUAAAUAAAACACGAGGACUACAAGUUGGGUCCAGUAUUGGGGUAAUGGACCAGGCUAGUGACAAUAGCUCAACCAGUGAUACAGAGGAAACUCAUCCACAGGGUUAUACUGAUAUGGAAGCUGUAGACUAGCUUAUAUGGCAAAGUUGUUUUGUAUGAGCCUUAUUAUUCUUGUAUACUUAGUAUUUUUAUUCAUGUUUACCCAGUUUUGUGUUUUGUAGAAAAAUGUUGAAAAUGUUCUUGAAUUUGUGAUUUUUAUAUUUGCAAAAUUGGUACUCCCAAGAAUAAUAGACCCUUCACAGAAUUGUAAAAUUUAAGAAAAUGUAAGAAAGUUAGAAGUGCUGAUGUAAAUUCAUUAGAGAGUAAUUUUGCAGAAGAUUUAAUUGAUACUGGCAAAUAUUUAGAUAUAGACCUCAACAAAAAAUAAAUUCCAAUUUUUUAGAUUGGAACAAGUGAUGAGGUAAAAACUGUUUGUAGGACAAUAAAUGCUCCCUCUUUUAUUAGAAUUAAAUGAAUUUAGAAAAAGUGAAAUUCACACAAUUUUUUAAAAGUUUGUUGCAUUUGAUUUUGUGAAUGAAGUUACAGAUGUAAAAGUUCAAAUGUUGUUACUUAGUAUCUACAGACUAUCUUAUUGUGUAGUGUUUAUUAUUUGAAUAGUAUGUAUGGUUUUCUGAAACCCCAAAUCAUGUCACAGUUUAAGUCUACAUGUAGACAAAAAUAAUGGCUCAAGGUAGAGCCCUAAAAUACCCAUUUCAUAACACACAAGGGGUUGGUGGAAAUCAUGACUUUUUGGUAAGUAUUUGUCAGAUUGGUUGGCAUAUGGUAUAGACACUUGUCCAUUGGUGGGUUGCUAUGGUAUUGAAAAAUAAUACAUUCUGUUCAUAAAUGUUGCAUUUAAAUUUACAUGGGCAGAAAAUUAUUAGACCUUCCAAGUGUUGAGUUAUAUUUUCAUGUUCAUUAUGUUGAAAAAAAUCUUUCAUCCACAUCUAAUAAUUUUUUGAUAAGUAUCUCAUUGAAUAGAUCUGUUAGGAAUUAUCAGAAGUUUGUUACUGUGGCAAUAAAUUAAGUCCUCUAAAAAGAAAAUAUUCAUUUUACUGUUACAUCCACAGAUAAAUACUUACAGGUACAAUGAUACAGUAAGUUUAGGACAAUAUUGAUUGUCAGUACUUACUACAGCAUAAUUUGACACUCAGUUCAUAGAAACACUUUUUGGGGGGAAAAUGUUAAGGGGUAAAUAGUUUUCCAUGAUAGAUAAAUUGGUGUAUGUUGAGUAUUUCUUGGAUUUUUGGACCAAAUUUGACUUCAUUUAAGUCAUUUUUAAGAUCUGUAGGUCAAGAGAAAAAUCAAGUAAAGAAUUUUUAUGGCCCAGAAAAAAGGGUUCUUUACAAUUGCCAUUUAUACAGUAAAAGUAGAAAAUUGUCCAGUAAACAACAUUUGAAACACUUGUGUUUUAAUUAAGCAAAAUCAUUUAAAUAUAUGUAGUUAACAGUAAUGUAUAAAAUUUUGGUUUGCUUGCUUGUUAGGUGAACCAUGAAUUCUUUAUUUGCUAUUUGUAAGUAUCGAUUAAAAAAAACCUAGUCUUUGAAAAAUCAGAUUUUUCAGGUCAUUCUGUUGUUAUUUUUCAAUGAUUGGAAUCAGCUGUUUUCAAUAUAUAUUGCAGGGUUUACCUAACAAACAAGCAAGCUUAGAUUUAUAGAUCUUUGUACACGCUAAAAUUGAUCAGUUGUCAAACUAUUUCUUUAGCUGGUUCAAUAAUAAAAGUUUUACUAAAUAGCUUAAUAUGAACAGCAACUCCUUACUUCAAUUAUCAAUAUAUACUAUGUUGGAUUUUGUACUAAAAUUGUUUUACAUAGUCAUGUUUACAUCUGUGAUAAUCUAUGUAUCAAUAUGCUAUAUUUUGAAUUUUGUUGACCUUUUUGAGAUUGUUUUUUUGUGUUUUGUGAUAAAGUAAAAACUUUGAUCUCA